AUGUCCUUCUUUGAGUCUUCCCAGAAUGUACGCCUUGAAGGCUCCUGCCUGAUUGCUGACGUCUGCUGCGAGGACGGCUCUUGGACUGAGAGUGUACUUGACCUCAACAACCACGUUGGCAACAAUGAAGGAUUUUUUGAAAUCGGAGGAAAUGGCGUCUUUGAUUCCGCUGAUCAGGUGUCAUGGAGACUUGACGGUACAACCAUCAUCACGUUGCUGUAUCGGUCAGAUGGAAGCUUCGGAGAAGAGCAGUUCCUCGACUUGAAUAGCUAUGUCUCUAAUGAAAAUGGCGUUCUCGUCUUCAAGUAA